CUCACCAUCUCACCACCCUCACCUCCAAAUCCCUCAACCAACCCACCUACAGUUCAACAAACAGAACCGAAACAAUGCGCCUCCUCUCCCUAGCCCUCACCGCCCUAACGGCCACCUUGGCCGCCGCCUCCUCCUCCUCCCUCGGCAUCGAAGUCACCCACCCCGUCGAAUGCAGCCGCAAGACCCAAAGCGGCGACACGGUGCACAUGCACUACCGCGGCACACUGGCGGCGGACGGCUCCGAGUUCGACGCCAGCUACAAGCGCGGCCAGCCGUUGGUGUUCAAGUUGGGUGCGGGGCGGGUUAUUAAGGGCUGGGACCAAGGCCUGCUGGACAUGUGCAUCGGCGAGAAGCGGACGUUGACGAUUCCGCCCGAGUACGGGUAUGGGAGUCGUGGCGUGGGCCCGAUCCCCGGCGGGGCGACGUUGAUCUUCGAGACGGAGUUGGUGGGGAUUGAUGGGGUGGCGAAGGAUGAGUUGUAAUUGUUGUUAAGUUUGGUUUUUGUUGGAGAGAGGGGUUGGGAAAGGGGGUGUAUGAGAUGGGUGGAUGUGGAUGUGGAUGUUGAUGUGGCUUACUCGUUACUGCACAGUACAUAACAUCGAAAUGCUAAAGUCCAGCUUUAUUUCUAAAAGGCGCAAGUAUCUAAAGUAUGCGCGGAUAACCUUUAACAGGUAUCUUUCUAUAUACAUAUAAACAAGCCCCCCAAAAAUCAGGCCCAUUUCCCGAGCAACGCCAUCAGCAGCGCACCCAAACAUAACAGUCCGAAAGCGGACAGCACCACGUGGAUCGGGGCCUUGCGCAUCGACGUGCUGAACAUGAACUCGUGCGCCAGGAGCUCCACCAGCGCCGU